AUGCAGAUAUUUUUUAGAUAUGGUCUCGGCAACACCGGAUCGUUGGAGGUUGCUCCAACAAUGAGUGUGGAGGAAUUAAGACAUAUGAUAAGCGAGUUGUCUGGAAUUCCAAUUGACUCCCAAUGCAUCAGUUACGGUUUUGGUACAUUGGACCUAUUUGAAACCCUAGAACAAGCAGGUAUUUCUGACUAUUCCACUUUGUAUGUUUCAGAAGCAGUGUUGGGAGGUGCUAAAAAGAAGAAGAAGAACUUCACAAAACCAAAGAAGAUUAAACACAAAAAGAAGAAGGUUAAGUUGGCGGUACUCAAGUACUACAAGGUUGAUGGAGACAAGGUAGUUAAGCUACGUCGUGAGUGCCCAGCAGAAACUUGCGGAGCAGGGGUCUUUAUGGCCCAACACUUUAAUAGAACAAGCUGUGGUAGAUGUGGUUUGACCUACUUCCCUACAAAAGGUGAUGAAUGCAAGAAUUAA